AUGUCUUCAGCGCCUCUCAAGCCUAUUGUGUUCUACGACAUAGCGUUCAGAGCACCAUACGAGGAGACGAACAGCGCUCCAAAUCCAUGGAAGACCAGGCUCGCACUGAAUCUCAAGGCCGUAGCCUACAACACGACCUGGGUGCCUUUGCCGGACGUGGAAAAGGUUCGACGAGGCCUUGGAGUCCCUGCUUGUCGAACUUGGGGCAACGGCAGCGACUACUACACUCUCCCUGUGAUCACGGAUCCCAACACAGAGGAGAAGAUUGGUGAUUCGUUCGAUAUCGCCGUGUAUUUGCAGAAAACAUAUCCAGGCUCGGGCCCAGAUCUGUUUCCAGAGCAGAAACUGGAUUAUGUGUACACGCCAGACCAGCCAUCUCCGGUGCCGCUGACAGAUACCCGCGGAGGAGAGCAUGAUAACUAUGCCGAGUUUAACAUGAGCGUAGAUGCAGUCUUCACAGAGCAUGUUAUACUCAUGGCACACGGCAUGCAAUUGGACGCGGCCGGAGAGCAGGUCUUUGUCAAGCGUGCAGGCGUCGACUCAUUUGAUGCAUUCGCAUUUGUUGGCGAACCGCGAGAGCAAAUGAUGCUAUCUUUCAAGCGCAAGCUGGAAGGUCUGGCCAAUGUCUUCAAGAGAGACGAAAGCGGGCCUUUUGUGCUCGGUACAAAGGCUAGCUAUGCAGAUCUGAUCGUUGGUGCAUGGUUACGGAUGGCUAGCAGAACCCUCGAAAACACUGAAUGGGAAGUUAUGAGAGGAUGGCAUGGAGGCGUCUUUGGUCGAUUGCACGACGCGCUAGACAGAUAUGCACAAACAGACGUAGGACGUGAGGUCUGA